GUGUGUAUGUGUGUGUGUGUGUGUGUGUGUGUGUGCGCGCGCGCGCGUGAGUGAGAGAGGAGAGAGGGAGAAGAGAGCGCGAGAGAGGGUGAGUGUGUGUGAGUGCAUGGGAGGGUGCUGAAUAUUCCGAGACACUGGGACCACAGCGGCAGCUCCGCUGAAAACUGCAUUCAGCCAGUCCUCCGGACUUCUGGAGCGGGGACAGGGCGCAGGGCAUCAGCAGCCACCAGCAGGACCUGCGAAAUAGGGAUUCUUCUGCCUUCACUUCAGGUUUUAGCAGCUUGGUGCUAAAUUGCUGUCUCAAAAUGCAGAGGAUCUAAUUUGCAGAGGAAAACAGCCAAAGAAGGAAGAGGAGGAAAAGAAAAAAAAAAGGGGGUAUAUUGUGGAUGCUCUACUUUCCUGGAAAUGCAAAAGAUUAUGCAUAUUUCUGUCCUCCUUUCUCCUGUUUUAUGGGGACUGAUUUUUGGUGUCUCUUCUAACAGCAUACAGAUAGGGGGGCUGUUUCCUAGGGGCGCCGAUCAAGAAUACAGUGCAUUUCGAGUAGGGAUGGUUCAGUUUUCCACUUCGGAGUUCAGACUGACACCCCACAUCGACAAUUUGGAGGUGGCAAACAGCUUCGCAGUCACCAAUGCUUUCUGCUCCCAGUUUUCGAGAGGAGUCUAUGCUAUUUUUGGAUUUUAUGACAAGAAGUCUGUAAAUACCAUCACAUCAUUUUGCGGAACACUCCACGUCUCCUUCAUCACUCCCAGCUUCCCAACAGAUGGCACACAUCCAUUUGUCAUUCAGAUGAGACCUGACCUCAAAGGAGCACUCCUUAGCUUGAUUGAAUACUAUCAAUGGGACAAGUUUGCAUACCUCUAUGACAGUGACAGAGGCUUAUCAACACUGCAAGCUGUGCUGGAUUCUGCCGCUGAAAAGAAAUGGCAAGUGACUGCUAUCAAUGUGGGAAACAUUAACAAUGACAAGAAAGAUGAGAUGUACCGAUCACUUUUUCAAGAUCUGGAGUUAAAAAAGGAACGGCGUGUAAUUCUGGACUGUGAAAGGGAUAAAGUAAACGACAUUGUAGACCAGGUUAUUACCAUCGGAAAACAUGUUAAAGGGUACCACUACAUCAUUGCAAAUCUGGGAUUUACUGAUGGAGACCUAUUAAAAAUCCAGUUUGGAGGUGCAAAUGUCUCUGGAUUUCAGAUAGUGGACUAUGAUGAUUCAUUGGUGUCUAAAUUUAUAGAAAGAUGGUCAACACUGGAAGAAAAAGAAUACCCUGGAGCACACACAACGACAAUUAAGUAUACUUCUGCUCUGACCUAUGAUGCCGUUCAAGUGAUGACUGAAGCCUUCCGCAACCUAAGGAAGCAAAGAAUUGAAAUCUCCCGAAGGGGGAAUGCGGGAGACUGUCUGGCGAACCCAGCAGUGCCCUGGGGACAAGGUGUAGAAAUAGAAAGGGCCCUCAAACAGGUUCAGGUUGAAGGUCUCUCAGGAAAUAUAAAGUUUGACCAGAAUGGAAAAAGAAUAAACUAUACAAUUAACAUCAUGGAGCUCAAAACUAACGGGCCCCGGAAGAUUGGCUACUGGAGUGAAGUGGACAAAAUGGUUGUUACUCUUACUGAGCUCCCUUCUGGAAAUGAUACCUCUGGGCUUGAGAAUAAGACUGUUGUUGUCACCACAAUUUUGGAAUCUCCGUAUGUUAUGAUGAAGAAAAAUCAUGAAAUGCUUGAAGGCAAUGAGCGCUAUGAGGGCUACUGUGUUGACCUGGCUGCAGAAAUCGCCAAACAUUGUGGGUUCAAGUACAAGUUGACGAUUGUUGGUGAUGGCAAGUAUGGGGCCAGGGAUGCAGACACGAAAAUUUGGAAUGGGAUGGUUGGAGAACUUGUAUAUGGGAAAGCUGAUAUUGCAAUUGCUCCAUUAACUAUUACCCUUGUGAGAGAAGAGGUGAUUGACUUCUCAAAGCCCUUCAUGAGCCUCGGGAUAUCUAUCAUGAUCAAGAAGCCUCAGAAGUCCAAACCAGGAGUGUUUUCCUUUCUUGAUCCUUUAGCCUAUGAGAUCUGGAUGUGCAUUGUUUUUGCCUACAUUGGGGUCAGUGUAGUUUUAUUCCUGGUCAGCAGAUUUAGCCCCUACGAGUGGCACACUGAGGAGUUUGAAGAUGGAAGAGAAACACAAAGUAGUGAAUCAACUAAUGAAUUUGGGAUUUUUAAUAGUCUCUGGUUUUCCUUGGGUGCCUUUAUGCAGCAAGGAUGCGAUAUUUCGCCAAGAUCCCUCUCUGGGCGCAUUGUUGGAGGUGUGUGGUGGUUCUUUACCCUGAUCAUAAUCUCCUCCUACACGGCUAACUUAGCUGCCUUCCUGACUGUAGAGAGGAUGGUGUCUCCCAUCGAGAGUGCUGAGGAUCUUUCUAAGCAAACAGAAAUUGCUUAUGGAACACUAGACUCUGGCUCCACUAAAGAGUUUUUCAGGAGAUCUAAAAUUGCAGUGUUUGAUAAAAUGUGGACCUACAUGCGGAGUGCGGAGCCCUCUGUGUUUGUGAGGACUACGGCCGAAGGGGUGGCUAGAGUGCGGAAGUCCAAAGGGAAAUAUGCCUACUUGUUGGAGUCCACGAUGAACGAGUACAUUGAGCAAAGGAAGCCUUGUGACACCAUGAAAGUUGGUGGAAACCUGGAUUCCAAAGGCUAUGGCAUCGCAACACCUAAAGGAUCCUCAUUAAGAAAUGCGGUUAACCUCGCAGUACUAAAACUGAAUGAACAAGGCCUGUUGGACAAAUUGAAAAACAAAUGGUGGUACGACAAAGGAGAGUGCGGCAGCGGGGGAGGUGAUUCCAAGGAAAAGACCAGUGCCCUCAGUCUGAGCAACGUUGCUGGAGUAUUCUACAUCCUUGUCGGGGGCCUUGGUUUGGCAAUGCUGGUGGCUUUGAUUGAGUUCUGUUACAAGUCAAGGGCCGAGGCGAAACGAAUGAAGGUGGCAAAGAAUGCACAGAAUAUUAACCCAUCUUCCUCGCAGAAUUCACAGAAUUUUGCAACUUAUAAGGAAGGUUACAACGUAUAUGGCAUCGAAAGUGUUAAAAUUUAGGGGAUGACCUUGAAUGAUGCCAUGAGGAACAAGGCAAGACUGUCAAUUACAGGAAGUACUGGAGAAAAUGGACGUGUUAUGACUCCAGAAUUUCCCAAAGCAGUGCAUGCUGUCCCUUACGUGAGUCCUGGCAUGGGAAUGAAUGUCAGUGUGACUGAUCUCUCGUGAUUGAUAAGAACCUUUUGAGUGCCUUACACAAUGGUUUCCUUGUGUGUUUAUUGUCAAAGUGGUGAGAGGCAUCCAGUAUCUUGAAGACGUUUCUUUCAGCCAAGAAUUCUUAAAUAUGUGGAGUUCAUCUUGAAUUGUAAGGAAUGAUUAAUUAAAACACAACAUCCUUUUCUACUCGGGUUACAGACAAAGCGUGGUGGACAUGCACAGCUAACAUGGAAGUACUAUAAUUUACCUGAAGUCUUUGUACAGACAACAAACCUGUUUCUGCAGCCACUAUUGUUAGUCUCUUGAUUCAUAAUGACUUAAGCACACUUGACAUCAACUGCAUCAAGAUGUGACAUGUUUUAUAAAAAAAGGAAAAAAAAACAUUUAAAAUUGAAAAAAUAUUUUUAGGUAUUUUCACAAACAAACUGGCUUUUAAAUAAAUUUGCUUCCAUAUUGGUUGAAUAAGACAAAAACAAUUAAACUGAGUGGGAAGUGAAUAAAAAAAGGCUUUAGGUAUCAGUUCCAUAUUUUUCAAAGCCAAAUAUGUAAAUGCUAAGGAAAGAAAACAGAGAGGAGAUUCCAAUCUUGUAAUUUAAUAUUGUUAUUAAAACUUUAAUGUAUCCUAUUCUUUAACAUUUGGUGUUAAUAUAAAAUUACUUGGCAAUGCUUGACAUUUGAAAUAAACAUUUUUCUAUUGUUUUAUUGCAAGUGGUCCAAUUAAUUUUGCUUAGCUACAGUUUGGUCAUAAAUCAAGUGAGUUUAAAGACACUACCAAGUUGUUAGGUGCCCAGAGAAAAUUUCUCCCUUUUAAAAAGGCCAGGUGAUUUUUCAAAUGUAAUCUUGCCCCCAAAAUAUCUGAAUAUGUUUUUGACAUGUCUAAAUAUGUAUAUAUAUAUA